CGGGAAAAAACGGAAGAAAAUUUGUAUUUUAUUUUUACAAUUUUACUUCCCUCAAAACGAAAAUAAUUUAAAGAGAUUCGUCAAGACAACUAGGGUCUACAAUCAAGAUGGAUAUUUUCCGUGAAAAUCUAACGGCAGUGAUCAAGUCCGGGAAGUACUUCGUGGGCGUCAAGGAGACCCUGAAGGCCGUGAGCAGCGGUCAAGCUAUGCUGGUGAUCAUCGCCGGCGACACGAGCGUCGGCCUCAAGACCGACGUCGAGAAGAAGGCCAAGAAGGGCAAGGUGGAGGCACUGGUCUUCGCCGGCAGCAUGAAGGAGCUGGGCCGCGCCUGCGGCAAGUCCUUCAAAGUGAGCUGCAUGGCCAUCACUGAUCCAACGGCUGCUGCCGUCAUCUGCUCUAUGGUCGAUGGCGCUUAGUUGAUAGUUCCAAAGUUUCCAUUCAAUCGAAUAAAAUGCCUGGGC